AUGUCUUACGCUCAAAUGUCAUCCACAAGGUCUGUAAAAGUAGGCUCUGUCUCAGGAGGCUAUAGUGGAGGUGGUGGUUCUCAUGGUCAGUGUGGAUUUGGUGGGGAUUUCAGUCAGGCAGGUGGUAACUAUGGUCAGGUAGCUAGUGGAUUCAGUCAGGCAGCUGGUGGAUUCGGUCAGGCUGGUGGUUUUGGCUAUGGAGGAGGAGAAUUUUGUGGCCAAGGAGCUGGUGGAGGCUAUGGCGGUGCUGGCGGAGCUGGUGGUGCUGGCGGAGCCAGUUUUGGUGGUGGUGGAGGAGGUUUUGGUGAUGCUGGCUUUGGAGGUGGUGACAGCUUUCUCAGUGGCAAUGAGAAACAAACAAUGCAGAAUCUUAACGGCCGCUUGGGUUCGUACCUGGACAAAGUCCGUCAAUUAGAAGCAGCAAAUGCUGAAUAUGAACAAAAGAUUAAGGAAUUCUUAGAGAAACAAAGAUCUGGAGGUACCAAAGGAGAAGCAGGAAAAGACUACACCAAGUACUUUACCAUCAUUGCAGAUCUACAAAGUAAGAUUAUUGCAGCCACCAAUGAUAAUGCCAACCUGGUCUUGCAGUCUGAUAAUGCCAGACUGGCAGCAGAUGAUUUCAAAAUGAAGUAUGAGAAUGAGUUUGCCCUCCGACGCAGUGUAGAAGCUGAUAUUAAUGGCCUUCGUAAAGUCCUGGAUGAUUUGACAAUGAAAAGAUCUGAUCUGGAAUUGGAGUUUGAAGGUCUUACUGAAGAAAUUGCUGUGCUUAGAAAGAAUCAUCAAGAGGAGAUUAAAGGAUCCCAAGGAGGAGGUGUUGGUGAUGUUAAUGUAGAACUGAAUGCUGCACCAGGUAAUGACCUACUGAAGGAAAUUAAUAAUCUCCGGGAACAGUAUGAGGCCAUGGCUGAGAAGAAUCGCAAGGACGCAGAAGAACAAUUCAAGAAGGCUAGCGAAGGUUUGAAGAAAGAAAUAUCAACUGGAGUAGAACAAAUAUCGACCAGCAAGAGUGAGAUUUCAGAUCUGAAGAAGACACUUCAAGCACUGGAGAUCGAACUUCAGUCACAAUGGUCCAUGAAAAAAUCUCUUGAAGAAAACUUAUCACAAACAGAAGGGCAAUAUUGUAUGAAGCUUUCCCAGAUCCAAGCACAGAUUGCUUCCAUUGAGCAGCAAUUGGCACAGCUCAGGGCAGACAUGGAGUGCCAGACUGCGGAAUAUGAAGAACUGCUGGACAUCAAGACAAAAUUAGAGAAUGAGAUUGAAAUAUACCGCAGACUCCUGGAAGGUGAAGACGCACACUUGAGGAGCUCUGCAUCCCUUCGGCUAUCAUAG